CAUGAAUUUUGAAGAAGACAAUAGAAGAAAGGAAAUCUCAAUAUAUGAUAAAUAGUGUAAAGUCUGGUAUGAGUUCUUAAAGGAACAAGCAAACAAAAUUAACAACUAUUUAAAUGAUACAAAAAGUGGAUUGGAUAGCUAUAAAUUAAAUUUAGAGGAGAGAUUAAAAGAGCUUGAUGAAUAAUAUAAUUCUCAUUAUGAAAUCUUGGAUUCACUCUAAGAGUAAAUUUCUACUAUUGAAUAUUAUUAAGAAGUUUAAGAAGUAUUCAAUAUAUUUAUAGUAAUCUAGUAAGAGAUUGAAGCAUAUGUAAAUGCCAUAAAUUCUGCUUAAGAUGAAAAGGAUAAACAUUCAAGAGAUGUAUUAUAAAAAGAAAAAGAGGAGUUGAUAACUCUGAUAUGUGAAAUGAAACAUAGUAAAAUUGAAGAUUGGCUUAAAACAAUCAAGAAGGAUCUUCCAGAUGGUGAUUUGAAAGAUAUAUUAAAGACUUGUUAUCGUCUUUUUUAUGGUGCAAAGACUUUUUCGUUAGAAGAAUUUAUUGAAAAUGUUUUGUCAAAGGGAGAAUCUAAAACAGAGAUUGAAGCUCCUGCAAAUUGGAUUAAAGUAUCUUAUUAAAUAAUCAAAAGGAAAAAGGAUUACAAUAAUAAGGAAAUGAUAAACUUAAAUUUAAGUUGUCUUCUUUCUUAGCCAAAUUUGCAAUAUAUAAUAGAUAAGAAUUAAAUAAAGAUAGUCGAUAAAUGCUUAAACAAUUACUUGAUUCACAAGUUUAAAGAUAAAAAUAAACAGUAGAAGUUAAAUUUUUGGUAUCAUUAUUAGAAAAAGUAAUUUUUAUUAGUUUAUAAUAGUUUAAUAAUUGGGACAAUGCAAGUUCUGAAAAUGAUAAACUUGAAUAAAAUAUUAAAGAAUUAGAGUAAACUUUAGAAGAAAAACAAAAUUCACCAGAAUAUGUUUAACAAUAAAAUCAUCUCCAUUUUCUUUAAAAAGAAUAAGAAUUUACAAAUGAAAUGAUAGAAAAAAUAACUAAUGUAAGAUCAUCAUUAGAAGAUCUUUUAUAAAGUUUUACAAAAUAUGAAGAAUAUUAAUAAUAAUAAGUUUAUGAUAUGUAAAGCACUGUUGAAUUCAAUUCAAGAAAUGAAGAAAUAGAAGCUCUAUAAACUAAGGAAUAAAUAGAAUAAUAAUGA